GUUAUUCAUCACAAGGGGAAACAAAAACAAUACAAUAAAUAAACAUCAACAAAAAUCAAUAAAUUUAAAAAAAAAAUGGCAAGAUCAUUCGCUGUCGUCGCUCUCAUUGUCUCCGCUUUUUGCUUCUCAUCUGUUUUGGCCGCUCGUAAGGCACCAACUCAUGGUGCAGACCUUUUCACCGUUGUUGGCAAGAUUUACUGCGAUCCUUGCCACUUCGAAUUUGAAUCAAGGCUUAGCAAGCCCCUUGACGGUGUUAAGGUGACAUUGAUCUGCAGAAAGGAAGAGAGUGACAAUGUGACAUACGUGAAGGAGGCCACGACCGACAAAAAUGGUGUCUACAAAAUCAGUGUUGGUGGCGAUCACGAGGAAGAAAUUUGCGAGGUGAAUGCCGAUUCAAAUGGAAAGGGUGAAUGUUCUUUGGUUAUGGCAAACAAAUCCGACAGGAUUGGUCUCACCAAGAACAUGGGUGUGUCUUCCUUGGUUCGUUUUGUUAAUCCCCUUGGGUUCAUGACUAAGGCAAUUGAUAGCCAAUGUGAAAAAGUUAUCUCUGAAUUGGGUUUGGACAAACUUGAUGAUUAGAUAAUCAUUCAACUUAUUCAUUAUUCCUAUUCGGAAAAAAAAAAUUAUAAUAUAGAAAAAGCCACCUAUUGUGGUUAAUUUAUUUAGGCUCAAUUGACCUGGAUCAUCAAUAUAUAAACCAUUAUUUCUCUGCAAAAAUGUGUUGUUUGUUAUUUGUAACUUUUCAAACACAUGUUUAUUGAAUAUUGAAUGAGAAUUGGGAGAAAUUUUGGUAUUU